UCUUCAUUCUUCAUUCUUCAUUCUAUCAUCACAAGUUGCCGUUAAAACAACCCUUAAGUUUUCAUAUGAAAUCCAACCGUACAAUGAAUGUAUAAUAGCAAUACGAUUCUUCCAUGAAUUAUUUGACCCCAAAAGACCCGAGACAAAUUUCUAUCAAUAAUGGAAAGCCUACCGUCUAAAAAUCUUAGGUCCCUCAUUCGUAUAGAGGGGCUACGCUACGCUGCGCCAAUGUAACAUUAAUGAGGAUAUCUUGAGGGUUCAUUGACGAAUUAUUUGUCUGAUUGAUCAUGGCACCACCACCGGCUACCCCCACACCGCAUCGGUUCCUAGUGCCGAAGAGGUCGCAGUCUAGGAAUGAGACACCUAAACCAUACCAGAGCGGCGGACAGCAGUUCCAUGCCACGCCGCGGUUCUCACUUUAUUCGACACCUAGAGGACAGGGGGCAGGAGGCGAAGGCUCAUCGCUUCGCCCGUCUUCCAGUAUUCCCACACCCGCUCCCGCUCCCGCUCCCGCUUCCGCUUCCGCUUCCGCUAGGAUCGGAGCCGGGACUUACUAUCGGCCCACUCCACGCACUACUGAUCCUAUCAACGAUAUCUUUGAUAGCUCUCCACCUUUCCCUGGAGAGCAGCAACCGAGCGGCGGUAGUGGCGGUAAUCAUCGCGAUCCCAUCGAAGUUCUUGACGUAGACGUAGAUGUAGACACAGACGUCGACGCUGUGCCGGAGUCCUCACCGGUGCGAGAAUUCGGCGACACCCAUGACGAAAGUAGCGAAGACGAGGAAGAUAUACCAAGCCGGUCUUCCAAGCGCCGACGCAUUUCCAUAUCCUCUUCCGACUUCAGCAGUAAUACCCACGACUCUGCACAGCACGAGAUCGAUGAUGAAAAUGACAGUAACUGCGAUUAUGAUAACGACAACAACGAAAAUGAGGACACCAUCAUGCUGGAGUAUCCACCAUCGUCCUCGCCCACUCAUGACCAGGCAGAUUCCGAUACUCCAGAACCCUCUCUUCCCAGACCCUCUACCUCCGCCCAGCAACCCACCUUCCAGAAAGCACCACGUUUCAAACCCAUCGAAGCGCCGGAAGGCGGGAUCCGCUACGGGGAUCCGCUCCCCGAUGCCUUCUCGCCGCGCCGCCGGGGCGCGAAGUACAUACCCGGCGGCCUGGCGGCCUCGGUGCGCGACUGGUUCGUCGACGUAUGGGCCGGCGCGGCGCAGAAGCGCGACGGGGAGGGGGAGUGGAUUGCUCGGAUCUUGGUGGAUGGGGUACAAGGGUCAGCGGGCAUGACGCUGGUUACCGGGCGGUACGUUGUGUGGGAGGAUGGCGAGCCGAGCGUGGCCGAUGAAAGGGAUGCGAGAAAUGCGAGGGUCGUGCUUGCGGGGAGUCAGAGGCUGGUGGGGCUGGAAAGGGGGCUGGAGGCGCGGCCUGGCUCGGUGGUGGGUGUAGGCAGACCGAAUUGGGAGGUCGUGGUCCCGGGACAGGGGCGCUGGGGUGUGGUUUGUGAGUGGGCUGUUUUGAGGUGAGGUUUUGGGGACUUGGGUUAAGGUGUGAUCUAUGUGCUGGGGUCAGAACUUCUGUGAAGACGAUAUGAUACUAUUGAAUCCGGCUAGGUACCAUUUCAUGGUGGUUGUCCUAUGGUGACGGCGGGAUGUUACGUUGUGAUUGUAUCGUAGAUUCAGUAGCUAUAUGUAAGUGAAUAGGUACGUAGGCAUAUUCCAUCCCGUAGGCCAUGAAAUAAGCUAGUUAGAAAGGGUUAAGCUAUCACGUCUUUGUUCUACUAGUAGCAAUGUGCUGAAGGGGAAUGACUUCCUAUCACUUACUUACUCG